AUGACGACACAUGUUAACACCUCUACUAAAAUUCCACCUCAAGAAAUUACAGAACAUGCGCGCCGCUUUUUAACGCAGCACGAGAGAGAGACAGAGCGAGCGAGCGAGCGCGAAAUGGAGAUUGAGAGAGCACGGCUUCUAAGCUUGGCAUUGGAUUUUGGGUUCGACGAGGAGGUCGCAAAGCACUGCUUGGAUCGGCUCGUCGAUCUCUACGGAGAGGAUGGUAAGGAAUUUGUCACUGUUGAGCACUGUGGUGAUGAUUUUCUGGCUGCAUUGGCUGAUGCUGUGCAAGAAGAUUGGGAUGAUUUGCAAGCUAUUGAAUCUGAAGCUUUUGGAGCUUUACAUGACAUAUUGGGAGAAGGUGUUUCAAAUGAUAAGGAAACAGAGAAUGGGGUUGACUUGGGAGAUGUUGUGAUGGGUAAAGGAGAUUCAUCUGGACACCAGGGCCAAGAAGAGUUGGAUAAGUUGAAUAGCAGUGAUGACUCUGAUUUGGAAGUCUUGAGCCAGAAGAAUACAAGUCCUGAUCCUUCCUACAGCUUUCAUAAAAAUAAAAGUCAUAAAAUCUGUCAAAGUGUGGGUAAACGAACCUCAAGGUUACAAGAUUUUUCUCGACCAGCCCCAUCAUAUCCUGGUGCAGGGAUUUUUUCUGAUGCAUUUCAAAAUGGACAUGAAACUCUAUGUUAUGAGGAGCUGCAUGCUAUGGAUGAUAUUGAAUUGGCAAAUGCUGUAAUAUUUGGCAACAGAGCUUUUCGAUCUCUGCAGUAUCAAGCUUGUAAAGCAGCAAUUGAGAACAGAGACUGCUUUGUUCUUAUGCCCACUGGUGGGGGUAAAAGUUUAUGUUACCAGCUCCCCGCAACUCUACAUCCAGGUGUCACUGUUGUUGUAUGCCCUUUGCUGUCACUUAUUCAGGACCAGAUCAUUACACUGAAUAUUAAGUAUGGGAUACCUGCAACCUUUUUGAAUUCGCAACAGACUGCUUCACAGGCAUCAGCAGUCAUCCGAGAGUUGAGAAAAAAUAUGCCCUCAUGCAAACUCUUGUACAUCACUCCUGAAAGGAUAGCUGGGAACUUAUCAUUUCUGGAUAUCCUAAGAAGCUUAUACCAGAAGGGUCUGCUUGCAAGAUUUGUAAUUGAUGAAGCACAUUGUGUUAGUCAAUGGGGACAUGACUUUCGCCCAGACUACAGAGGACUAGGAUGCCUCAAGCAGAAAUUUCCUCGGGUUCCUGUUAUGGCAUUAACUGCAACUGCAACCAAGUCUGUGCAGAAGGACAUCUUGAAUACUUUAAGAAUUCCUAAUGCUUUAGUGCUUGAGACAAGCUUUGAUAGACCUAACUUGAAGUAUGAGGUUGUUGCUAAAAGCAAAGAUUCACUGAAGCAGCUAGGGCAAUUGUUAAAAGAUCAUUUCAGUAAUAUGUGUGGAAUUGUAUACUGUCUCUCAAAAAAUGAAUGUGUGGAUGUUGCCAAAUAUUUGAAUGAAAAGUGUAAGAUAAAAACAGUAUACUACCAUGCUGGUUUAGCAGCUCGUCAGAGAAUUGCUGUUCAAAAGAAAUGGCAUACUGGAGAAGUCCAUGUUGUCUGUGCAACCAUUGCAUUUGGAAUGGGGAUAGACAAAGCAGAUGUUCGUUUUGUUAUCCACAAUACGAUGUCAAAAUCAAUUGAAAGCUACUAUCAGGAAUCAGGGAGGGCAGGAAGAGAUAAUCUUCCAGCAGCAUGCAUUGCUCUGUACCAGAGAAAAGAUUUCAGUCGAGUUGUAUGCAUGUUACGGAGUGGACAAGGUUUUAAGAGCGAAAGCUUUAAGAAAGCCAUGGGUCAAGCAAAGAAAAUGCAAGAAUAUUGUGAACUGAAGACUGAAUGUCGGAGGCAAACACUUCUAGAGCAUUUUGGAGAGCUUUUCAACAGGCAUGGCUGCAUGUCUGGUCCCAGUCCCUGUGAUAACUGCUUAAAGAUGUCUGGAUGAAUCUAUCUACUCUGAUGAUUUGUAUGCAUUCAUCUUGAAAUAGUCCAAUUAAUUUCUAUA